AUGCCACGUGCGACAAGACAUAUAGCUAUCGAGGGCGGUCACAAUGUUACGGGAGAUAUACACAUCUCUGGCUCCAAAAAUGCCGGGCUAGCUCUCCUGGCCGCAUCCCUCUUGGCCGCUGGGCAAAGCACCCUUGAAGGGAUCCCGCCCUUGUCCGAUAUUGCCAGUAUGGGCCAUAUCUGUGAAUCUUUGGGCGCAGUCAUUGAACGCACAUCCGAUUCCUUGCGGAUCGAUACGACGAACCUAGGCAGUCUCGAUGUCCCAGACCGUCUCACCCGAUCACUACGGGCCUCAAUCUUGACCCUGGGUCCUCUCCUUGCGCGCUUUGGAUUCGCAAAACUAUGUCUCCCUGGAGGAUGCUCAAUCGGGGCACGGCCAAUCGAGGAACACUUGAAGGGGUUGGAGAAGAUGGGAGCUGAUAUCAAAGUCACGGAGGGGUCCAUUGAGGCUCGCGCGCCUUCGGGAAUACAUGGGGCCACCAUUCAUAUGCAGACUCCAUCCGUGACAGGAACCAUGAACUUGAUGAUGGCAGCAUGUAUAGCUUUUGGAGUGACCUAUAUCUACAAUCCAGCCAGGGAACCCGAGGUGACAGACCUGGCCAAUUGUCUCAUUAGCAUGGGCGCGAUGAUACAAGGAGCGGGAUCCGAUCGUAUCACUAUCCAUGGCUGUGACAAGCUUCUCGCCCCCUAUAAAUAUAAAGUCAUGGAAGACCGAAUCGAGGCAGGAACUUUUCUGAUUCUCGGAGCAAUGGCUGGGAAUCCUCUGGCAGUGUAUAACUGUACUGCUGCGUACCAGGCCCCAUUGCUCAAAAAGCUGCGCGCAAUCGGUGCUCAGAUCGACGUCAACGAAAGAUCAAUAGUUGUCCGUAAGGCCAGUCGCCCCGUGGCCGUGGACAUCCAAACGGGCCCAUAUCCUGCCUUCCCGACAGACCUUCAACCGCAACUCAUGGCACUGCUCUCAAUAGCGCAGGGCACGUCCAGGAUCACUGAGACGAUCUUCGAAGAGCGUUUCAAUCAAGCUGCGGGACUGAUCGCCAUGGGAGCGGAUAUUCGCCUUGAUGGGCAAGACGCCGUGAUAUCAGGUGUGCGGGAGCUAUCCGGGGGCAUGGUAGCUGCUACAGAUUUACGGGCAGGUGCUAGUCUAGUCAUUGCAGCCAUCGCUGCCAAGGGGCUGACCGUCAUUUCGGGCACUCAUUAUAUUGAACGGGGGUAUUAUGGGCUACAGAGCAAAUUGAGGAAGAUUGGGGUGAAAGUGAAGCGACUCCGGAGCUUCGAUGAAGGAGAACGAAAAGUCGAGACUGCUCAAACGACAGUCCCUACUCUCUGCUCCAAGUCCUAG